AUGGGGAAAGACAAGGGUACGACAUUCAACCUCAAGACCCCCAAGGGCACCAAGGAUUGGUCCGGCUCCGAUGCCCUCCUCCGAGACCGCAUUUUCACCACCAUCUCCAAUGUCUUCAAGCGCCACGGCGGUACCGCACUAGACACCCCCGUCUUUGAGCUGCGCGAGAUCCUGGCUGGCAAAUAUGGCGAGGACUCCAAGCUCAUCUACGACCUGAAGGACCAGGGUGGCGAGAUCUGCUCCCUGCGCUACGACUUGACAGUGCCGUUUGCGCGCUGGCUCGCCAUGAACAGCCACAUCACCAGCAUCAAGCGCUACCACAUCGCCAAGGUCUAUCGCCGUGACCAGCCCGCCAUCAACAAGGGUCGCAUGCGUGAGUUCUACCAGUGUGACUUCGAUAUCGCCGGUACCUUCGACGCCAUGGUUCCCGAUGCCGAGAUCCUGCGUAUCGUCAGCGAGGUCUUCGAGGAGCUCGGUUGGAGCGGCCGCUACACCAUCAAGCUUAACCACCGCAAGAUCCUGGACGGUGUCUUUGCCGUCUGUGGUGUGCCCGAGGACAAGCUCCGACCUAUCUCCAGUGCGGUCGAUAAGUUGGACAAGAUGCCGUGGGCGGAUGUGCGCAAGGAAAUGGUCGACGAUAAGGGACUUAACCCCGAGGUUGCGGAUCGCAUUGAGAAAUACGUCAUGAACAAGGGCUCGCGCGAGCUGCUCGACUCUCUUCUGAAGGAUGAGGCCUUGAACGCCAAUGCCUCCGCCAAGGCCGGUCUCGAGGAAAUGGCUCUGAUGAUGGACUACCUCGAGGCAUUCGGCGUGUUGGAUAAGAUCUCAUUCGACAUGUCCCUUGCCCGUGGUUUGGACUACUACACCGGUGUCAUCUACGAGGUCGUCACCGAGGGUUCGGCUGGUGUGCAGGCUGAUUCCCCAGAGGCACAGAAGGCCGAUAAACCUAAGAAGGGUAAGUCCAAGCAGCCCUCUGAGGAAGAGGACCGAUCCAACGACCCCACUCUCGGCGUUGGCAGUGUCGCUGCCGGUGGUCGCUACGACAACCUGGUUAGCAUGUUCCAGCCCAGGGCGCAGAUCCCCUGUGUUGGAAUCUCAUUCGGUGUCGACCGUAUCUUCUCCAUCACUAAGGCACGCAUCGAGCGCGAACAGAAGUCCGAUGCCCUUCGCAGCAGUGAGGUCGAUGCCUACGUCAUGGCCUUCGGUGGUAAGGGCUUCGGCGGAAUGUUGAAGGAGCGUAUGGAAAUCUGCCAGAAGCUGUGGAGCGCUGGUCUCAAGGCUGAGUUCUCCUACAAGUUGAAGCCCAAACUGCCCCAGCAGUUCAAGGCCGCGGAACAAGGCGCCAUUCCCUUUGGUAUCAUCCUCGGUGAGGAAGAACUCGCUGCCGGCAAGUGCCGUAUCAAGGAGAUGGGUCUGCCCGAUGGACACCCCGAGAAGGAGGGUGUCGAGGUUGAUAUUACCUCCCUAGUUCCCGAGCUUCAAACCCGUCUUGCUAAGAAGCAGCAAGGUGCUGUCUCAUCUCUUGCACAGCAGCUGCAGGGCACCAGUGUUUAA